CAGCAAGAAUACAUCAACCAACUUAAUGAGCACCAUGCCCUGCAGAAUAUAAGUGUUCAUGAAAACAACACAGUGGCAGCCCAUGAUACUCAAUCCACCUUAGAUAAUGUUUUUAGGAUGCUCAAUGCUCUUGCUGUUCAAACUGGAAUUUAUGCAUGUCUCUUUGCCUCUCAUGGACAUGUGUAUGAUACUGCUCAGGCAACAUGGUUUGGGAUGGACAAUGUCAUGGACUUUUGGGAGGAUGUCCUCCAAAUGGAGGCUGAUGAAAUUGCAAGGAAAUUGGAACAAUGGGUGUGUAUGGCAGGCCAAAGUGUGUUACUUCACUUUUUUACUGGAUACUUAUGCUAA